AUGAAACGAUCCCCACCAUCGUACACCUCAUCCGAUACCGACACCGAUAUCGAUAAUUCAUCAAGCUUUUCACCCUCUCUCGAUGAAAGUCAAGAUAUCAAACCUAUCUGCUCGUCACCUCCCAGUUCAGCGAGAUCGACCCCGAAGAAACCCAGACUCAACAACAAUGGCAAAGAUAUCAGACCAAAAUCACUCUCACCUAAAAAACCCAAGAUCAAGACUGAACCAGCUGCGAAUGCGAAUGGAGUAUGGGAUGGAGAAAAACGAGCCCUGUUCAUAGAUGAGAUUAUAGCUGUAGGGUAUAAAAAUGCUAAUCUCGAUGAGCUCGCUAACAAGCUUGGUAUGAGUAAGAGACAGCUUAUCGAUCAGUUGGUACCUAAUAAACCCAACCUCAGAGGGAAGAUGGUAACGAUGGCGAAGUCGAUGUAG